AUGGCUCCAGGAGAAAAGGAACGAGAGGGGCCAGCCAAGAGUACCCUCCGGAAGAUCCGCACAGCCACCUUGGUGAUCAGCUUGGCCAGAGGCUGGCAGCAGUGGGCAAAUGAGAACAAUACCAGGCAAGCCCAGGAACCUGCCGGCUGGCUUCCUGGAGGGACCCAGGACCCACCCCCAGCUCCUAAACCAGUGACACACCCCACUCCCGACCAGAAAGCUCAGAGGGUCCCCACACCUGCCUCUCAAGCACCAGAAGGAUGUGGAGAUGGACAAAACCCAGAGGACAUCACUGAGGUCCCCCAUAUCAAAAGGAAAGAAGUAACAAAAACGGUUGUCAGCAAAGCUUAUGAGAGAGGAGGGGACAUGACCAACCUCAGUCACAGAUAUGAGAAGGACAGUGGCACGCCUGACCCCGAGCAGCCAGAGAAUGACAUUGACAGACUCCUCCACAGCCGUGGCUCCCCAACACGGAGGAGAAAAUGUGCCAACCUGGUAUCUGAACUCACCAAAGGCUGGAAAGAGAUGGAGCAGGAUGAGCCCAACUGGAGGAGCGACAGCAUCGACACAGAAGACAGUGGCUAUGGUGGGGAGGCGGAGGAAAGGCCCGAGCAGGAUGGAGAGCAGGUGGCCACUGCCAGAAUCAAACGUCCCCUGCCCUCCCAGGCAAACAGAUUUAUGGAGAAACUCAGCUGCAAGGCCCAGCAGAAGUACAGCCCAGUUGACAACCUGAAAGGGAAAUGGCAGCAGUGGGCCGAUGAGCACAUCCAAUCUCAGAAGCUCAAUCCUUUCAGUGAGGAGUUUGAUUAUCAGCUGGCCAUGGCCACCCGCCUCCACAAAGGAGAUGAGGGCUACGGCCGUCCUAAGGAGGGGACCAAAACUGCAGAAAGGGCCAAGCGAGCCGAGGAGCACAUCUACAGAGAAAUCAUGGACUUGUGCUUCGUCAUCCGUACAAUGGCUCGCCACAGACGCAACGGCAAGAUCCAGGUUACUUUCGGUGACCUCUUUGACAGAUAUGUUCGUAUUUCAGAUAAAGUCGUGGGCAUUCUCAUACGUGCCAGGAAACACGGGCUGGUUGACUUUGAAGGAGAGAUGUUGUGGCAAGGCCGAGACGACGAUGUUGUGAUUACUCUGCUUGAGUGAGCCUUCAAUAAAGAAGGUCACAUUCGGUCCACUAUUGUCUUGAUAUGAAAUGUUCAUGUAGUAGAAAUUAAAGUGCAAACUUCUUUGUAAUAAAUUAUUAAACAAUUUUGACAUAUAUAACUUUUCGGGACUCUUUAUGAGGGCAUUUGAUGAUUUCGAGAAAGCAUAAGACAUUUUAGAAAGCACAUUGUGUAAUUAGUAUGUACUAGUAAAUAUUUGAAAUUCCACUUAUCUUUUAAGCAAAUAUAUUUGGUGAUUCAUUACAGAUAUUUAAUAUUAUAUCUAAGAAGAGUGCUGACUUCAACAGCAGCAAAAUAUUUCAUUUACAAAAAAGAUUCCA